CCCUAAUAUAUUUUCGAAAACAAACUCACAAGUUCUCUCUAUUGCUCAGUGCCUUUGUCGUUCUCGGCCAUUGCUUCGAUCCUUCGCCACUGCUGCUGCUGCAUCGUUCUCCGCUGUUGCUUCUUUCCGCUGCUCUUCUCUUCUUCUCUCGCAGAAGCAACUCUUGAUAUUUUAUUCGAGAAAGAAUGGAAUUUUGUCCAACCUGUGGAGUUCUGUUACGUUACGAAUUGCCAAACAUGGGACAGUCUGCUAGAUUCUAUUGCUCUACUUGCCCCUAUGUUUGUUCUAUAGAGAGCAGGGUUAAAAUAAAGAGAAAGCAGCAGCUCAUCAAAAAAGAAAUUGAGCCAGUUUUUACCCUUGAUGACAUGAUGAAAGGGGGUUCUGAAACUGAAGCAACAUGUCCUCAUUGCAACUUUGGAAGGGCCCGUUUCCAGUCUCUACAGAUUCGGUCAGCUGAUGAGCCGGCAACAACAUUUUACUUUUGCUUGAAUGAGAAGUGUUCAAGAGUGUGGCGUGAGGAGUAGCUAUAUUUUGCAUGUAUAGUUUAUUUUUAGAAGACCUCUCGAGUUUUGACAAGGAGACCUUUACAUCUGAUGGUUUUUAAAACUUGAUGUAUUGGGUUGCUUAACCCAUUCUGAUGAUAUAGGGCAGCCUAUUCUACAAACUGUCGAUCAUUGUUGAUUUGUAUGAGGAUAAUAAUAUUAUAUAGGAAGUUUUGGAUUCUUUUCUCGA